GCCGCCCAAUGGGCUGGUGCAGCGCGGCGGCGGGGCCGGCACUUCCUGGGCCUUGCAGCCGGCGGCAGCGGGGCGAGAGCCGGGGCCGGGGGGCCCGCAGCUGAGCCCGGCGCCCUCCACCAGCACCAUGCCCUUUGACUUCAGGAGGUUUGACAUCUACAGGAAGGUGCCAAAAGACCUUACACAGCCAACCUACACAGGGGCUAUUAUCUCUGUCUGCUGCUGUCUCUUCAUACUGUUUCUCUUCCUGUCUGAGCUCACCGGAUUCAUAGCCACUGAAAUAGUUAAUGAGCUGUAUGUGGAUGACCCAGACAAAGACAGUGGAGGUAAAAUAGAAGUUAAUCUGAACAUCAGUUUACCAAACCUGAAUUGUGAAUUAGUUGGACUAGACAUCCAGGAUGAAAUGGGAAGGCAUGAAGUGGGUCAUAUUGACAACUCGAUGAGGAUACCUCUCAAUAAUGGGGAUGGCUGCAGGUUUGAGGGACAUUUCAGCAUCAACAAGGUCCCUGGUAACUUUCAUGUGUCAACGCACAGUGCCACUGCGCAGCCUCAGAAUCCCGACAUGACUCACAUCAUCCACAAGCUCUCAUUUGGGGACAAGUUACAAGUCCAGAAUGUUCAUGGAGCAUUCAAUGCCUUGGAGGGAGCAGACAAACUCAGCUCAAAUCCUCUAGCCUCUCAUGAUUACAUAUUGAAGAUAGUCCCAACGGUGUAUGAAGACAUGAGCGGCAAGCAGCGAUACUCGUACCAAUAUACUGUAGCAAAUAAGGAGUAUGUAGCCUACAGUCACACUGGCCGCAUUAUCCCAGCUAUCUGGUUUCGUUACGAUUUGAGCCCCAUCACAGUGAAAUACACAGAGAGGCGACAGCCUUUGUACAGGUUUAUCACAUCGAUAUGUGCCAUCAUUGGGGGAACGUUUACUGUAGCUGGGAUCCUCGACUCCUGCAUUUUCACAGCAUCAGAAGCCUGGAAGAAGAUCCAGCUGGGGAAGAUGCAGUAGCGGUGAAACUCAUCUCCAAGGACAGGAGCAAAGAUUGAGAAACCUACCACUACCUGUUUUUGUCUUUAUUUUCUAUUUGAUUGAAUCAGUAAGUUUUUCUCUAAUAAGGCUGUUCAGUGAAGACCUCUUCAACAAAUCAAAGAAAUUUCCAUGCAUUUCAGAGCUCUGAGAGAAAAAAAAAUAAAAAUCAAUGGAAUCAGGGCUUAGAUUUUGAUUCUGUCCCCCCAGAAACGGGUUGAAAUGCUAUAUAUGAAAUAUACUGUCAGAUCUAAGUAAGGAGAACAGGAUCUUCUGUGGGAGGUUCCGAUGGCAGUGUACAAACUAAGUAGUAGAUUACAAAGAGUUAAGCUGUCUUUUGGCACUUUUUGGAAUUUGUUGGAUUUGCAUGAUUAGACAAUCGACUUUUAUAUAACACAAAGUUAUACAUUAGGAAGAAAUUCCACCCUUGGUGCCAAAAAGGUGAUGUAUCUGUUGGUGAGGAAUGGAAAGUGUUAGUUCCCAUAGCAAGCUUUAGAGACAGAGGGCAGAAAUAACAUCAAGAAAUGUCUUGGGCUUUUGUGGAAAGCUCUUUCGCUCAGAUAUGACCUUUCUAAUGAAAUGAGCAAAUUUGAAAAGGAAGCUUUCCCCCAGCUACUUUUUCCUGGAUGAUCUGUGAUCCAGGCAGAGGAAGGGCCGUUCUUUUACUCUGGAUGUAAAAGUGGUUUAAUUUCUUCCCAGAAACUGAAUAUCCAGUCUUGUGUUUACAGGUGGCAUGAAGUAAAAACCAAACUGAGCAACACAGUUUCAUGUGGCCUUUGCUUUGAAAGGGAAUAGUUGUCUUACAGCAUUAGCUUUUAUUCUUUCUUCUGUGUUUUGUUUUUUUUUAAACACAGACCACCCAGCAGUCUGGACUCUGCAAUUCUGCUUUAAUAUUAUUAUUAUUAUUAUUAUUAUUAUUACUGUUGUUGUUAUUUUGAAAAGGGGUUGUCCAUUCUACGUGUCCAGAAAAAUGAUGCAGUCUUCUGGGUGGAUGAGCACAGUUUACUGUCUUGCUUUGUGUGUGUAUAUUGAAUACACUUGUAAAACACAGGAAGCCUGUCUCUUCACGGUUUAAGGUGCCUACCUGUUUCUUUAAAAUUCAAUCAGGCAUCUUUCCUGAGCCCUAGACUGACACUGUUCACCCACAGGUACACCAGUAGCAGGGCAGGCAUUCCCACAACCCGGCCCCUGCUAGCAAUUUUCUUCUGUUCCUUAAAACGGUACCUGAACUUCCAUGCCCGUUCAUUCAAGCCUUGUCUUCUGAGACCUCCAAUAAAUGGAGGUGUGAGGGGAAAGCUACUGCCAGGUGUGGCUUGUGUGCAACGAUAGACAUGAGUUCACUGAUAAUGAGACCAAUGCCCACCAGUGCAUUCUCCAUACCCUCCUAACGUUCCUUGAGUAGUAACAGUCACUGCAUGCUUUGUGAGUGUCUGAGCUGAGGAUACACAGAUUUUAAGUGUUCCAGGAUAGACAAAAAUCAUAAAAAAUUAAAAUCCUUAACUCAAUCAAUGGUAUAAAUUCUAAGACGGGUGCAGGAUUUCUCUUGGAUAAUAUCUACUGUCCAUUGCCUUUUCCUGGAGGCCAAAGUGUCCAAACAUUUUGUUGUAAUAAUAUGAAACUUUGAAUAUUCAGUGUUAAUGCUAGAGUCAGAUACAUUUCAAAAGUGUUCCUAAUACAUGUCUGUUGAAAUUGUCUCAUUCUUUUGGAAGUAGGGAAGGUAGCCAGUUUUAUCUGCACACAAACAUACAUGCCCACACCCCCCUAAAAAUAAAAAGGCCAACAACCCCCCACCCCUACCCUGGCCCAUUUUCUGCCCUGUAGUGAUUCCUGACCAGUUACAGCAUUGGAACUUUUCCUUGUUCUUAUUAUGGACUGAUUGCUGUUCCUUUAGGUGUAAACUGGAUUGUGUAAUUUCCUGUAUCUGUUAACGUAUGGAUAGAUUUUAUACAUUUUUUCCAUUUACAAAAAUCAACUUGAAAA